GCGAACACGAGUUUCAUGCUGUGGUGUAAUGACGUAAAGGUAUCGCGUGGACAGAUGGCGUCAACUCGUGAACGCGCAAGAGCAGCAAUGGCCACUUUGGAUCGGCUCAAUCCUAAUAUCGACCAUGUUGGUUUAAACUGGAGUUGUUGGAUAGAUAAAUGGAAUAUUUUAACAGAUAAAGACGUGUUUCCCUUGCAUUCAGGUGGAUCUAAAGAGGAAGACUCCGUUGAUGAAAGCAGAGGCAGCGACACGAUGACCCUCUCCAAAGAAGAUAUGAAAAUCUAUGGCUACUGCCCGGCCCUUGACAGCUUCUACCUGGUGGUGUGCAGCCACUGUGGGCAGUUAGUCAAACCCCAGGCGUUCGAGGCUCACUGUGAGAGGCGCCAUGGUGCCCUCAUCAAAAUGUGCAACCCAUCGUCUUGCUUAGCCGACAAGCAAUGCCCCCGGCCCGGGCGCCAGUCCGUGAUACCAUCCUCGAGAGAGAAGCACAAAAAGGUGGAAACUCAGGAGGCUGGCGGCUUCUCCAAACCAGCAACCGCACCCCAGCACAGAACCACCAAAGUCCUGACGGAAGAGGCCAGUUCACCGUCAGUCAAGACUUCAGGUCCUCAGGAAGCCCCGCCCUCAUCGCCAUGCCCCUCCCCCUCUAAUACCAGGGCUCCUCCCCGGGACCACCCACCCCUGACCCCGGGGGCGCUCGUCUCCUCUUCCUCGUCGUCACACUCCUCCGCCACAACCUCGGAGAGACCGAAGACGGACACGGGGCCCUCAGGUGCCACUCAGAGUCCUCUGCCUGAGGGCCUGAGGACCUACAGUCGGACUCAUAAGAAAGUCUACAAGAAGGAAUGCGAUCCGGACAGACACUGCGGGGUGCUGGAUCCAGCUAGGAAGACGCUCUGCACGCGACAGCUUAUGUGCAAUAUCCACUCCAUCCACCAGCGGAGGAGGGUGGAAGGCCGGAGCAGGCCGUUGGACCAGCUGCUGCUGGAGCAGAGGGCCAGCUCUUCAGGCAGCGACGUGGACAAACUCUCAGCCAGUGAGGACUCGCCGACGCCAUAUCUCCAGAAGCCUCAGGACCCGGCCACGCCCAAGCACGUGAAACGCGGCCCCGGCACCAACUGCCCCAUCCUCUGGUCCAGGGAGCCGUCCCGUAGGGCUGCCGAGGAGGAGGGGGACGCCGCGGUGGAGGUGGAGAUCCAGCACCCCUACCCCUUCAACCAGAGCCUGCCCUCCAGUGGGGAGAGCGACGAGGAGGAGGAGGAGGAGGAAGGCGGAGAGAGAGAGGAGGAGGCAGACCCUCAGGAGGAGGAGGAGGAGAAUGGCGAUAUUCCCGCCACUCCCUGGCACCCCAAGCCUCUCGGAUUAUGCACUUUUGGAAGCCAUACUUUGGGUUGUAGCGUAUUCACCUUUGACCGACGCCUGCAUCACCUGCGGUUGGCCCUCAGCGACAUGGUGGAGCAGCACGUCAACGCCCCUCUGUGGAAGAGAAUACCUCAGGUUCCAGCUGGGCUCCAGUCCCGUCACCCCGCCCCCGCCGCCCAGGGCUCGGCCAUCAGACCCAGAACCUCCUCCUGCGGCCCGCCCAGCUCCCCCUCCUCAGGACCCUCCAGACCCAGGGGGAACCUCCCGGGCGGCAGGUCACCCCGCGCCCCUGGACCCUACCCCACCCGGCUCCCCGGGGGGCGACCGGGCCGGGCACCCCCCAAAGUGCGAGCGCCGGUUCCCAUGGUGACCCAAAGCAGCGUCAGGACGUUCCCUCUCCACGAGAAGAGAGACCAGCGGCGGUGCCCCCCCGCACCUCCCCUCCACCCCCAGGUCACGCCCCCUCGCGGACCGGCCAACAGACACCGACCCCCCGCAGGAUCAAAGCCGUCGGACCCGGGCUCCCCGUCGCUGAGCAGCGGCUGCAGUCGGGCCGCCGCCUUCGCUCCGCCGCCGCACUCCACCCUGCGCCGCGGGGCCGGGGCCGGGGGGCCGGAGCUCAGGGGCCCCACGCAGAAGCGCAAGAUGAGCGGCUCCGAGGGGCUGGCCAGCGGCCCCCGCCCCCAGCCCAGGAGCUCCGCCCAGUCCCGUCACCUGGCUGGUCAGCCGCCCUCCGGCCUGUUCUCCUGGAGGAAGGGGACCCGGGUGGGCGCUGGCCCUGGAGACUAGCCUGGACCUCUGCAGGUGGCAGACAAGAAACGAGAUCGAGAGAAAAUUCACCUUCACGACUACUUGGAGGAAGAGCCUAGGACAGCCUCUGUGUGUGUGUUUGUGUGUGUGUGUGUGUGUGUGUGUGUGUGUGUGUGUGUGUGUGUGUGUGUGUGUGUGUGUGUGUGUGUGUGUGUGUGUGUGUGUGUGUGUGUGUGUGUGUGUGUGUGAUAUAUUUUUGUUUGUACGUAUACAUUUUACAAUUGUGAUUUUGACAUGAGUGCAUGUGCGGAUUUUGUCAACACAAGACCUCACAAGACCUGCGAUAUGUUGGUCUGACUAAACAUACUAAAGUGGUAAUCUCGAAGAUUUGCAUGUAAAUAAAUGUCUGUGAAGUCUAUCUAUUGUCGAAUGAGGUAACACAAUAGUCAUUGAGCCUAUGUCCCACUGAUGGAAGCCCUUGCACUUGCAGAAUUAUGAAUGUUUAUUAUGAACUAGGUGUUUGUUGCACCCCUGUUGGUAUCUCUGAGAAAAAAAUACUGCUUAUCGCCAAAGGUGUCGCUAAUGAGAUAGAAACUGAAAUCUUCGAGAUAGCCACUUCAGUGUUUAUUAUUGAUUCACACUAUUUGGUAUACGUGGUGAUAUGGGUUAUAGCUGGAUUAUUUUGUAUGGACAUGAAAUACCUCAAUCUAUGUGUUAAGCUGCUAAAGUUAAAUCUCACUAUGGAAACUAAAUAUCAACAAACAUUUAUUCAUCAAUGAAAAUCCCUAAGAAUAAGGUGCUCAGUACUUUGUACACAUUCAUUUGACAGUGUUACUACACGUUUAUUUCAGUGUUACUCUACUAUAGUGUUGUAAUAGACUGAAAUGGUGUACGUUAGGCUACCAUUAAUUAUCAGGGAAUUAAACAAAUGUAGGAUUACAUUUGUUUGUUGCUUAACAUUGCUAUCUGGUGGUAAAAUAAAUCGUUUAAUUGAA